GUGCAAUUUACUAGCUAUUAGCUUGCUUGUAUUUUCAGCAGUUCUAGCUUUCACAUAAAACAUCAAUUGUAAACUCUGUGAUUUAUGAAAACAUAUUGCUUCUCUUCCGUUUCGGGCAGUGUAAUUCCGGAAUGGCUAUAGACAUGCCUUAAGAAAAAUAUUAAUAGACCCUUAGUAUACAGUGCAUCUAAGAAUAGCCCAUUGUCUCUUCAUUGCUGCAGGUCUAUCAUCUCAUUUAUUGGAUGGUAUCAUUUUACUGAGCCCGGUCUGAAGCAGCAAACAUCUAACCUAGUUGUUCGCUUUCAUAGCAGCAGCAGCAGCAGCAGCAGCGGGAGCUAUCAUCUGAUAGUUUGCUUGCAGCCGGUUCAAGUUGGCAAUGUCACCCAAGCUGAUUUGAGACGCAGACAUUUUUGCUGACUGGAGUCAGGCUAUCUUUUCCAGUUUGCUGGAAUAGACACAGACACUGAUUGGGUCAUGCUGAAAACAUUCCAGUCCUAUGAAGCAAGUCUGUUUGUAUAUUUUAGGUUUGGCAGGACUAAUGAAUUAAAAAUCUUGGACUCUUGACAGUUCACCGCUUUAAUAAUGCCUCUGAUGGAAGGAUUUUUUGCCCCAUGAAGCAUGACAACACUGUAAUCCUUCGUUGUUGGAAGGGAAGAAACGGUGAAAUUGUGAAGGGAAACGGAAAAGGGUGGUCCUCAGGGACUGAAAAGCCUAUGGGAAGUGCAGGUAGCAGCAUGUUGCCCUGACAGCUGUUCCAACUUCUCAGACCUUGUCAGUUGCUGCUAUGUAGCAGGUGCAGCCUUUUCUUCUAUUGAAUCUUUACUCCAUAAAGGCAGCGACAAGCCAAGGCAGUGGCUGGCCCUGGAUUAUACAAGUGCAGACACUACUAAGUGAGCUGGAACACAUAAGUAAACGCAUAGGCUCAAGUGCCCACAUGAUCACCACCGCAAGGGUACCUGCUGAUAAACCGAUACGAAUUGCCUUCAGUCUAAAUGACUCCGCAGAUGAUACACCCCCUGAGAAUGCUUUUCCUUUGGCUUUUCCAGAUUUAGAAAAGCAGCUCCAGCCUCUACCUCCUUGCCAUGACUCAAAGGAAUCUAUGCAGGUGUUCAAACAGCACUGCCAAAUAGCAGAAGAAUACUAUGAAGUCAAAAAGGAAAUUGCACUGCUUGAAGAAAGAAAAAGGGAGCUGAUCUCUAGGCUAGAUCAAGCUGAGAAAGAAAACAUGGAUGCUGCUCAGCUAACUAAGGAGUAUGCAGACCUGACAGAAGAGAACCGGACACUGAAGCUGGCCCAGACGCAAUGUGUUGAACAGCUGGAGAAGCUUAGAAUACAGUAUCAAAAGAGGCAAGGAUCAUCAUAACUUUGAAUGAACCUGUCUGAGCCAAAAAAAUCUGGGCUCCUGUUCUGUGCUAGGCAAGUGUUCCUUCCCCCUCCAAGGUUUCCUCUGAUAUGUUGGAACACUUCACUUGCAGAAUAUGCAAAUGUCUAAAAUGGAUUUAAUGCUUGCCAGCCACUAGCUUAAUAUGUAUAUUUUUAUUUGUUAUAUAAUAGAUAUUUUAUUUCAAGGAACAUAAUUGAAUGCUUAUCUAUCCCCAUUAUAUGUUCAAAUGGAUCAGUCUGAAUAUGUUUCUUCCAAUUUUAGGAAGAUACAAGCACACUAGAAACUGAUUUGAAUAGUCUCUGUGUUGGGAAGUGGACCAUACUAAGGCAUAUUAGUAGGAACACUGUUAAAUAUGGGGAACACGGGAGCACACGCCUGUUCUUUCAUGAACCUAAACAGCUUAUGGGAGAAAAACUAGUUCGUUUAUCUGACAAUAUGUGCCAAAGGGCAAUCAUACACUGAAUAACUUUUAAAAACUAGUAACCUGGCACCUCAAUCACUUUCUUUAAAUAACUAUUGCUGUAAUCCUAUACAAAGUUACUUGGGACUAAGUCCUAUUAUGCUCAUUGGGACUUUCUUUUGAGUAGACUUGCAUAGGAACACACUGCAAAUUGGAAACAGUGAUUUGUACAACUUUGAUGUGGCAAGGAAAUGGAAAAGUGCACAUUUCCUUGUACAGUACUGUACCAAUCUUAACGUUUUCCUUGAAAGUGAGCCCCAUUGAUCUUAAUCUUACCUUAAUGAGCUUGUAGUCCUUCCAAGAGGGAGGUCCUAUAGAUAUUUCAGUGACAGGACUUGCUUCGCAAUAUAAGUGUGCUCAGAAUCAGAAUGUUUAUGUAAUCCAAAUUAAUAAUAAUUUUAUUAUUUAUACCCUGCCCAUCUGGCUGGGUUUUCCCAGCCGCUCUGGGUGGCUUACAGCAUAUAUAAAAACAUAGUAAAACAUCAAACAUUAAAAACUUCCCAAUUAGGGCUUCCUUCUGAUGUCUUCUAAAAGUUGUGUGGUUCUUUAUCUCCUUGACAUCUGAAGGGAGGGCAUUCACCAGGGAAAUAAUAACCUUUUCUGUGCAUGACACCUUGGAUUUGUCUAUGCAGACUUUCCAGGUGUUCCAUUCAGUGAGCCAGCUGUUUGAAUGUUGGUGCCAUGCGCGCAUACAGGUCAGCAUAGGUCGGUUUUCACACACCAUCUUCUUGGCUGCCUGCAGCAUUUUGAGUCUGAGUGAUAACAGUGUGAGAAACCAGUUUGGGUGACUUUUCGAAGCUGAUUUAGUGCAUCACAAAGUCUGACUAAGAACUGGGGGCAGGAAGCCUUGUGGGAAUCAGCCUAUAUUGCCACAUAGAUACAUCUUCAAGCCAAAGUACAUGACUUCAGAUGAGAUCUGUGAUUGGAUGUCCUGACUUUCCUUCUCAUUUUUUUCGUCUUAAAAGCACUCCUAUGCCUGCCCAUCCCACCAUUUCAAUCAGGAUCACGGUGCAGAGGGAGGCAAAGGCGUAACCAGAUCUCAUAACUGGAGAUAAAGGGGCUCUUGAGAAAAGUACAAUCUAAAAUGUGUGUCUGUGUGUAUGAGAGAGAGAAAGAGACUUUUGCAUUGCCCUAUGUAAAUGACAGCCCUAUGCAUUGUCAGACAAAAAUAUUACUGAAUUCCAGGCAAUUCUGAGCAUACUUUUAAAUCAGAUCCAUUAAUAUUGGUGAGCCUUAGUUCUAAGUAUAUGCAGUUAAGAUCAGGAUAUUAAAAUUAUGUGUCAUCUUUUUGCAAUGCAAGAAAUAAAAAAGAACAUGAAGAUAUCAGAGGUGUGAAUGGUUAAGAUUAUAUAGUUGUCAUUUGGAGCCCCAAUCCAGAAAGCAUCACUUGGAAGUAAGUUCAGUAAUGGGAUUUCCUUUUGGGUAAUGUGUUUAGGUUUGUGGUGUAAAAGUAGUAUAGUAUCCGUAUCAAUUUUCUAGGAGAAAUAGCUAAGCAUAAAAGAUUAAUAUCAAGUAUUUCCUUCCUCUAUUGGUAACUCUGUUUUCAUGAAUCAGCUAAAAAUUCUUUGUUAUACUUCCAUUUCUAUUCAUACAGUAUUUUUUUCAUUAAAAUACAAUUUUAAAAGU